AUGUCAUCAGAAACAGGUCCAUCACCCGUUUUCCAGACAGACACCAUCCCGUCCAGUAUGACUCUACCUCCGGCCACACCGACUCCUCUAAAGCGGAAGCCAUCAGUCAACUCCUCUCCUCCUCGGGAGUCUCCAAAGAGACAGCGACUGGACUCACAAAAACCGUCCACCGAAGAGGCCCUACGCUUUACAAAGCACUACGCCGUGUACUCCCACAACCUCCUCGAAGACCCGAAGACGGCCAGUCACCAGCUCCUCAGCGCGUCCCCCGUCUUCGAGACCACCCAAAAGGCUAUGCGUGAGCAUGCCACCCGAGAAAUCGAAGCAAACGUAAAAUGGGGCGGAACAAAAGAGCUCAGCACCAACCGACUCUACGAGAUCCUCGACAGCAAAAACCAUGUCGUUCUACGCUACGAAAUGGACAUUGUCUUUCCCGCCGCCGAAGACGCGGACGGCGUGAAGCAGUGGAGCCGCGCGAGCGAAUUGGACGCUUUGCCAGUGCAGUACGGUCUAUGUGUUGAGUAUCUUAAUAACAACUACGAGGAGGAUGAAGGAGCAGAGCGCUCCUUGAUCGUCACUUUUGGUAGUUUAGGCGAAGCCAAACACGCCAUGAAGAAGUCGGCGGCGGCGUACAUUGGCAGCUCCAGUGGAAUCAAGGUGUCUGAGAGGCGGAUUGAGAUGGUAGGGGCAGAGGGAGAAGUCAUUCGACGGUACAAGAUCGAAGAGGGGAGGAGAGAUGCACAGGGUAGGUUUAUACGGGAAGAAGACUUGUAUCUUGAGCUGAGCGGUGCAGAUUCAGAGGUACCUGCCGACCUUCCACCCGCGCCCAAGACAUUGGAGUCGUCUGCACCGCCAUCUCCUCAGCCGAUUCAUGCUCUAGCCAUUACUGCAGUCGUACGCCAAGCUACACCAAGAGUCGCAACAAACAGUCCCGCUCCUGAGACCCCCGAACCAGAAGCCGCUCCCGGUACACGCCGCCAGUCUGCUCGAAUUAAAGUCGAAACCCAGGCUGCUAAGGAUAUGAAGGAAGAGCAACUUAAGAUCGAGCCCAAGCCCAAGCCUCAGCCUAAACCAAGGGCUCCAGCUCAACUCAAGCCCCCAGCAAAGCCCAAAACGCCAGCUAAAUCUAAAGGCAAAGGCAAAGUUCCAGCCCAAGAACCAGUCGAUACAACCCCUCACUGCACUUGUCGCGGCCUUGACGACGGUAGCUUGAUGAUCGGCUGUGACAAUGACGCUUGUCCGAUCGGUUGGUAUCACGGUCGUUGUAUCGGCAUCUCCAAGGCGAUUCCGAAGAACAAAGAAUGGUAUUGUGCCAUGUGUACGAAAGAUAUGGGGAACAAGAAGGGUCUAGAUGUCGAAGCGGUGCAUGCGAAGACGCCUGUGAAGAAGAGAGGUGGUGGCGGUAAUAUGAAGGCGAAGGCGAAGGCGAGGAACAGGAAGUCGGGAUAG